AUGUUCUGCAACUUAGACAGAAAUACGACUUGCUUACAGCACGAAGUUCCAUCUGAAGUACCAGGACAAAUUCGCCCAGAAAAUUCCAUGCUCGACGAUUUGCUCACUCUUUGGAUCAAUUCGGAGGAAGAUGAUUCCACUCUUCUUCGAAAUUUCAACAGCGAGGAAACGUGUGAUCUUGAAUGCCUCUUGAACGAGGAAUGCUCAUUCGAGCAGAUGCAGCAACUUUUCAACGAAUUCGCCCAGCUGGUCUGCCCAUUUCACAAUCAUAACCUCUCCGAACUCCCAACCGAGCCAGAAGUUCGAGCGAUUCUCAAAUCGAUCCGACCACUUCUUACUUCAGAUCUUCAAAAAUCUCUUUGA